CUUCCCCCAAUAACAAUGAGAACAAAGUUGUUUUUCCUAUUGAUAUUGCUUUCCCAAGUUGCAUCUUGUCUAUCAGAACUAUGUCACCCACAAGACAAAACAACCCUUCUCCAAAUAAAAAAAGAACUCAACAAUCCAACCAUUCUUUCCUCAUGGAAACCAAAUACUGAUUGCUGCAAAAUGAGCUGGUACGGCGUCACUUGUUUUCGCUCUAACAAUCAUGUCCGCGAUUUAACUAUUUCACACGACAACAACCUUACUUCUAAAUUUCCAUUAUCCAUCGGUAACUUACCUUAUUUAGAGUCUAUAUAUUUCGAUAAUUUACCAAACCUCAUAGGUCCAAUUCCUAUUGACUCCAUAUCCAAGCUUCUCAACCUCAAAUCCCUUACAAUAACCUCAACCGGAAUGUCAGGCCCAAUACCUAACUUCCCACCCCAUCUGAAAAACCUCUUUAACUUGGAUCUCUCAUCAAACCAUUUCUCAGGAACACUCCCGCGUUACAUCUACAAAUUACCAAAACUAGAAAUGAUAUACUUUUACAACAACUCAUUAACGGGUACAAUCCCUUCUUCGUACGGUUACUUCAAUAACAAAAACCUACCCUCUUUACUUCUCUCUCAUAACCACCUUUCGGGAAAACUCCCACUUUCAUUAGCAAGACUUAACACUACUGUUAUUGAAUUAUCGUAUAAUAACUUCGAAGGUGAUGCAUCCAUGCUUUUUGGUUCUAAUAAAGCAACAAGGGAGAUAUAUCUUACACAAAACAUGUUUACGCUUGAUUUUGGAAAAGUUGAGUUGUCUAAGACCAUGACAACGUUGGAUGUGAGCCAUAAUCAAAUCUAUGGAAAGCUUCCUAUGGGAAUAGAAAAUAUAUCGUGGUUGAAUGUGAGCUAUAAUAGGUUAUGUGGUAAGAUUCCAAAAGGUGGCAAUAUGAAUAAGUUUGGUGUGGGUUCGUUUUUACAUAAUAAGUGUCUUUGUGGGUGUCCUCUUCCAAAAUGCAAGUGAUUAUUGUUGGGGUAUUCUAUUUCUAUCCUAUAAAUGGAGUAUUAAUUUCUAGUGUGUUUACAUAAUUACUUCCAAUAGUUUUAUGAUGUAUUUGUUUUGCAAGUGAUGUAUGAUUUUAAUCACCAUGAAGUGACACUACUUAAGAAUAAUCAAUAUGGCCAAUGAAUAGGAGUGACUUGUAUUUCUUUUUAUUAUGAGUUUGGUUUUUUUUUUCAAGUUAGUGUGAAAGAUUUCCAAGAGCAAGUCUAAAACAUUUUACAUUAUUCGCUUUUUGGA